AUGCAGCAACAACCGCAACAGCAACAGCGGCCAAGUGUCUUGUCGUACUCUACUGGAUGGGUGGCGAAUGGCCUUUCAUGGAGCACGCGGGACAAUGAACCCUUUCGCUUUGCUGUUUCCUCGUACAUACAAGAGUACAAAAAUCAUGUGGAUAUUGUUCAGAAGAACGAGGAGGGGGAAUUGGUUUGUAGAGCCACAUGGGAGCAUUGCUACCCGCCAACCAAGGUGAUGUUUGCUCCUGAAAGGACCGCGACUGAUCUUAUCAUCACAACGGCCGAUUAUCUUCGUCUGUGGGAAGUAAAAAAGGGCCCCCCGGAACGUAACAGUGAGGAGAAACACCGCGAGAAUGAUGACCCGCGCAAAGUGGCGUCAAAGAAGGAUCAUAUCGAUUCACACGUGGUGUUCAAAACGGUCUUUGAUAGUGGGAAACAGCAGAAUGAGUUCUGCUUCCCGGUCACCUCGUGUGAUUGGAACAUUGACGACCCCAAUAUUGUCGGCUGCUGCAGCGUAGACACCACCGUCACCAUUUGGGACAUUGAGAAUGGGAAGAACACGCGACUUAUCGCUCAUGACAAGGACGUAUACGACAUUGCAUUUGCAAAGGGCACUCAUACUUUUGCAAGUUGUGGGGCGGAUGGCUCGGUGCGCAUAUUUGACUUGCGGGAGAUUGAGCAUUGUACGAUUCUGUACGAGUCUAACUUGUUGUCGCCACUCCUGCGGGUGGCGUGGGACAAGCUAGAUCAGACGUAUAUCUCCACCUUUGGUGUUGAAGGGACAGAAGUUGUCGUGCUGGACACCCGCUUUCCAGCUGUUCCUGUGGGCAUUUUGCAAAAUUCUCGACCACAGCCAAUUAACAGUGUGUGUUGGGCGCCGAACUCUGCGACAAAUCUUUGUAGUGCUGGCGAAGAUGGCACUGCCUACAUUUGGGACAUCAAUGAACUUCCGAAUGUGGCACCAAAGUGCAUCAUGAACUACAAGGGCGAACAUCCCAUUAAUAACAUUUUAUGGUACUCUCAACAUGAACAGUGGAUUGCUAUUACGACUGGACAAGAGGCACAACUACUUCAUGUGUAG